GAAAAGGCGUCGCAGGCACGACCACCAGAGGGCUCUGGCUACAGCUGAGGGAGGGGAUCUCGCUCCCUGCCUUUCCCAAGCUCUCUAUUCUUUCCCACCCAGGAUAUCAGGGGGCUGAGCUUCCUAGGUCACCCCAGCUGCGGCGGGUUCCCCCGUAGCAACCAGGCAGCCGCGGCUGCUGCUCCCGGCGAAGCGCGGCGUGCGGUCGGGUGGCCGACCGGAGGGAGAACUGCCGCUGGCCGGGCUCAGCCUCGUGGCGCAGCAGCCGCGGGCGCCGCUCGCAGCCCUUAACCCUUCCGCAGCCGGAGACUCCAGAGGCUGUGAUCUGUCUGAGCUGCGGCUGCUGGUGGCAAUGGAGCAGUAUGUGCUGUUGGAUCCCCGGCAGAAGGCCUUGUACCACGACGUCAUGCAGGAGAGCUACGAGACGCUGAUGGCACUUGAAUUUCCACUGUCCAAGCCUGACUUGCUGUCCCGAUUGGAACAAGGAGAUGAGGCGACAACCUUUGACCUGCAGGACCCGAGUGUCAUCCUUCCAGCCAUCGGUGGCAACAUGGAGGAAGAGAAUCUUCCUGCACAGAAGGACCCCAAAGAGGUGGAGCCGGCAGCAGAAGACUCCGAGAGUCCCAGGGAUGUUGAUCUGAGCUAUAGCAUCCUGGCUGAGAGCCCCCUGCCGCCCGCUCUGCCUUCAUCCCCGCCCCCUCCUCCUGCCGCCCUCCACAACCCCAACAACUGCCUCCAGUGUGGCAAAACCUUCAGCCACAAGUCUGCCUUGGUGAAACACCAGAAGAUCCACACGGGAGAGAAGCCCUAUGAGUGCGAGGAGUGCGGGAAGGGCUUCAUCCAGCGCUCCGACCUGACGAUCCACCAGAGAACCCACACGGGGGAGCGGCCGUACCACUGCUCUGACUGCGGGAAGAGCUUCAGCGUCAGCUCCACGCUGCUGACCCACCAGCGGACCCACGCGCCGGGGGGAGAGAAGCCCAACCGCUGCCCCGAGUGCAGGAAGUGCUUCAGCGAGCCGGCAGCCCUGGAGCGGCACCGCAAGAGCCACGCCGGAGAGAAGCCCCACGAGUGCGUUGACUGCGGGAAGAGCUUCGCCUGGAGCUCCCACCUAGAGAGGCACCGGCGGAUCCACACCGGCGAGAAGCCCUACAAGUGCCCCGAGUGUGGGCGGGCGUUCGCCUGGAGCUCGCACCUGGAUCGCCACAGGCGAACGCACGCCGGGGCAGCUCUGCCCGAGGAGGCUCCGCCCUCAAAAUGCGCAGAUUGCGGCAAGCGGGUCAACCACAUCACUCAGCCUCAGCGCUUCAAGCACAAAGCCACCCAGACCCCUCUGGAGCACGAGGAUGCAGAGGCAGCGGAGGAACAGGAGGCCGAGGCCGAGGCACGGCCCUAUCCGUGCACAGUCUGCGGGAAACGCUUCAGCCAGAGCUCCAACCUGCUCAAACACCAGCGCGUCCACACAGGGGAAAAGCCCUACCAGUGCCCCGAAUGUGGGCGGCGGUUUAGCUGGUGCUCUGCCCUCCUCAAGCAUCAACGCGCCCACAGCAACAGCAGGCCGCACUCCUGCCCAGAGUGCGCCCGCAGCUUCUGGGACCCUGCCUCUCUGGCCAAACACCAGCUCAGCCACACCGGCGGGAAGCCUCACCAGUGUCCGGACUGCAACAAAAGCUUCGGGUGGAGCUCGCACUUGGAGCGACACCGGCGUAUCCACACCGGGGAGAAGCCCUACGAGUGCGGGGACUGCGGCCGGGGGUUCACAGUGGGCUCCCACUUGGAGAGGCACCGGCGCAUCCACACUGGGGCCCGGCCCCAUGGCUGCGGGGAGUGCGGCAAGACCUUUGCCGUCGGUGCCACGCUGGCCACCCACCGGCGCCUCCACGACGCCAAGUCCAAGCCUCACCGCUGCCCCGAAUGUGGGAAAGGGUUCAGCAGCGCGGCGGUGCUUGAACGUCACCGCCGGUUGCACCGCGGAGAGAAGCCCUACCAGUGCGAUGUCUGCGGCAGGGGCUUUGCUUGGAGCUCGCAUUUCGACCGCCACCGGCUCUCGCACACCGGAGAGAAGCCCUUUCCGUGCGCCUACUGCGGGAAGUGCUUCGGCCGCAGCUCCCACCGCAACCGGCACCAGCGUGCUCACGCAGUCUCCAAAGACCAAUGCCUGCCGCAGAGCAACCAAGACGAUGCAUCGCUGGCAACGGCCGCGCCUGAAUGGUGGGAAGGGGAAGGUGAAAGGAGGGUCCCACUGGAGCAGCAGGAAGUCUGGUCGUCUCCACUAGAUCCCGUUGGCCCUUUCCCGUGGGUGGCCAAAUCUGCUGGUGAUGCAUGGAGGACCAUAGGGGGAAACGGUUUGGGGCAAGAAGCCGAGAGUUUGACAGCCACUGCCAGAAGCUGGACUCAGCCAGCUGCUCACAUGCCCACUACUAACCCCCCUUGAUCAAUGCUGUGCAAAUCUCACUCCCAUUUUGCUGCCCCUUCUGCUCUUCGCACACAGAAACACUCAAACACUUCCCCCUUACCCAGUAAACCAACUGUAGCUGGUCCGUAUCUGCCUUGCCUCCCCACACCUACAUGGGCCAAAUGUGACGGUUGAGCAGGGCCCACAUCACGGGAUGCUGUGCUUUGAAGGCCCAGCACUCAGUUGAUUGUUGGCACGUCAAAGCACCACACAGAGCUCUUUGCAAGGAACCCUGUGCUGUGCUUUGAGGUACUGCCAACCAACUGAUCUUUGCUGCUUCGGAAGCCAUUUUUGGCCCUACACAUCUGUCUUUUUAUGUGCCUGCAUGUGACGUCAUAUAUGACACCUGGUGAUUGGCAGGUGGGCGUGGCUUGGCUAAAGUUCCUUACCCCUAGUUAAAGAGCUGAAGUUGGGCUGAGGAGCCAAAGUUGCAUGACACGAGGAAGGAAGUGGGACCCACUGAAUUGUUCGUAUUGCAAGUUCAGGUUCUGGUUGCCAAGGGGGUCUCAUUGGACUCAGCUGUGUCACAGAGUGUGGCAGAGGCUGGAAACAUGUCAUGUCCAACUUUGAGAACGACCCUCUCCCUCCACAGAUUAAACCACUGGAACCCUAGAACGAAGAAGAUCCAAGAAGACACAAAUAAAGAAAAAAUAGGAGUACAGUGGUACCUUGGUUCUCAAACUUAAUCCAUUCUGGAAAUCUAUUCCAAAACCAAACUGUUCCAGAACCAAGGCACGCUUUCCCAUAGAAAUGCAAAAUGAAUUAAUCCAUUCCAGACUUUUAAAAACAACCCCUAAAACAGCAAUUUAACAUGAAUUUUACUCUCUAAUGAGACCAUUGAUCCUUAAAAUGAAAGCA